GGGUGGUGUCGCCUUUGGAUCAUGAACUAUGGGCUAAUAGCUAAACCGCUGUACGAGGCCCAAAAGAACUCUCCCUUUGUAUGGGGCCCACAACAACAAAAGGCUUUUGUAGAGUUGAAACGUGCCUUAAUGUCUGCACCUGCCUUGGGACUGCCGGAUCUAACCAAAGAUUUCCAGCUGUUUGUACAUGAAAGACAACACCUUGCACUGGGCGUGUUAACCCAGAGGAUAGGAAGCUGGAAACGACCAGUCGGAUAUUUCUCUAAACAACUGGACACAGUGAGUAAAGGGUGGCCAAACUGCCUUCGAGCAGUGGCCGCAAUAGUGAUGCUCAUACAAGAAGCUCGGAAAUUGACUUUGGGAAGAACAAUAACAGUCUAUGUUCCACACAUGGUGAUAACUGUCCUAGAACAGAAAGGGGGACAUUGGCUGUCCCCCAGCCGAAUGAUGAAAUAGCAGGUGGUAUUGACUGAACAAGAUGAUGUGAUUCUAAAGACAACUAACCUGGUAAAUCCUGCAGUGUUUUUAAGUUCCAUACAGGAAGAAGGACGACUGGAACAUGAUUGCUUGGCUACCAUCGAGUAUGUUUAUUCCAGUCGUGAAGAUCUGAAGGAUGUGCCAUUGGAGCGACCAGAUUGGGAACUGUAUACUGAUGGAAGCAGCUUUAUGGAACAAGGAGUCCGAUACGCCGGAUAUGCGGAGCACUGGAGAGGACCCUUCCAGAUACUGCUAACCACUUUUACAGCUAUCAAAAUUGCAGAAUCGGAUGCUUGGAUACACUAUACUCGAGUGAAGAAAGCACCGUGAAGAAAGCAUCUACUCCGUGGAAGACUGUGAAACGUAACUCAGAGACUUAAAAAUUGACUUUGAAACAUGUUUAAUUUUGCAUAUCAGGUUAUGAUUGGUUUUUGGAUUUUCUUUUGGUUGGUAGUGUUGGUGGGAUCAUGGGCUGACUUGGUGGACAGGAACAAAAGACAAAUAGAAACAGAACAAGUGAUUGACAUUCCCAAACAAGUGGCUGAGGAAAAUUUGAUGGUAGGAUUGAUUAAAGAAUUUGCCAAUUUACAAAACAUCACGCAGAUCACUGCUUGUUUGCCAAUACCGAAGGCAGUAGGUGAAUCUAUUCCAUGGGGAAUUUUAACUAUGAAUUUGACUAACCUGGAACAUAAAAAUGAAACCAAUUAUUGUGAACAGAGGCCAGUGACUCAAUGGUAUGAGCAAGUGAAAGUCACUAGAAAACAGUGGAAAACUCCAGGUAGUCUGGCGGAUUGUGAAAAAUUGUUAAAUUAUGUUUUUACCAAAAUAGGGAGAUUUAAGACUGUGGGAUGGUGUUCUUAUGAUGAACAAUUUAAAAUCAACGUGAGCAAAAGUGUUAUGGAAUGGAAGUGUAACAAAACUGGCCAGAGCACCCAGUUAGUAGACCAGUGGGACUCUAUAUGGUCUAUGUCUAUAUUUUCCCAUUUUCAGUAUAUAGCAAGAAUUUCUUGGUGUUUUACCUGGGAUGGAAAGGUUUUUUCAGUAUUACCCUGGGUAGAUGAUAGGUCAACUACAUCGGGAGAGAAGGAAAAUAAAAUAGUGCCAUGGUGGAAAUGUGAAAAAGCGUAUGAUCGUAGUAAUGCAGACUUAGUAAUUCAAAGAAUUCCUCCGUUGGCUGCUGCUUUGAAAUAUGGUUGUUUUUGUCGAGGUCUUAAGAAUACUCUCAAUUUAACCAGCGCCUUUACAGUCAGAAGAGGAACUUUGUUUAGUUGUAGAAAAUCUACUAUUCGAAGUCCAGGACAUUUAGUUUGGGCAUUAAGUGAUGGAACCUGGACAACACAUUUACCAUUAGAUGGUAAGGUGAAACAAAUUACUUUAGGCAUGCCAACAUUGUGUCCAAUUUGAAAGAAAUCACCAUUUAAAGGAUCCUUAGAGAAUUUAGAAUUGAAACAAAUAAAGAGAUCAGGGAUAAAUGAUGAUAUUUGGAAUGAACCAUCUACAGGAGUGAAAAUUGGCUGGGCACUGGAAUCACUUUUAAAUCCUAUAGCUUCAUAUAGAAACAGAGCAUGGCUCUAUCAUUUAACUGGUCAAGUGGAAAAAUUGGCAAACGUUACCAAGAAGGGGUUUAAGGAAUUGAAUAUACAACUACAGGCAACUUCCAGAAUGACUUUACAAAAUAGAAUGGCGCUAGAUAUGCUCCUACUUAAAGAACAUGGAGUGUGUGGAUAUCUCAAGGAUAAACUGGACCACUGUUGCAUCCACAUUCCAAAUGUCACUCAGGAUGUGGAACAUGAUCUAGACCUAUUGGGAAAAAUUGAAAAAGAAACUGAAACAGUUCAAAAGGAUAUGUCAAAAGAUUGGCUUGGGAAAAUUUUUAACAAACUGGGAUGGAAUUUGAGCUCUUGGAUACAAUCUAUAAUUAAGACUUUGUAUCUGUUACUAGUUGUCUUUUUGAUGAGCAUGCUAGUAUAUGCAUGUCUGAAGAAACAGUUUACCAAUAGAAUUGCAGUGAGUCGUAUGAUUAUGAGAGAAGUACCAACUAUUUCACCAAGACAUGAUCCAUUACCCAAAUAUGUUGAAACAAAAGAUAUAUGAAUAAUGUGAAAGUAUUGAAAUAAUGAUUUUCAACACUUUCAAAGGGGGGAAAUGUUACCGAUUA